AUGUUAAAAUUCUUUUUUAAAAAGUAAUUAAAUUAUCUCAUUUGCAUGUAACAAUCCUAAAUUGUUCAAAAGAUCAAAAUCUCAGAUAAAGAAAAUCAAAUCUUCAAAACUAUAAUGUAAUUUAGAAAUGAUACCAACAUAUAAUCAAUCUUAAGGGUAGCAGGUGGAUGGGUUAGAGAUAAAUUAAUGGGAAAUGAAUCUCAUGAUAUAGAUAUUACUAUUGAUAAUAUGAGUGGAGAAUAGUUUGUAUUAAAAAUGAAAGAAUAUUUCGAAUCAAAAAAUAUUAAAGUGAGUGGUUUUGGAGUAACCAGAUUAAAUCCAGAAUAAUCAAAGCAUUUAGAGACUGCCUGUAUUAAAAUAUUGGAUCAAUCUAUUGAUUUUGUUAAUCUAAGAGGAGAAACCUAUACUGAAAAUUCAAGAAUUAAUUAAAUAAUUAUAGGUACUCCAGAAUAAGAUGCCUUUAGAAGAGAUUUAACUAUUAAUUCUUUAUUUUAUAAUUUAAAUACUCAAGAAAUUGAAGAUUUUACUAAAAUGGGAUUGUAAGAUCUAUAAAAUGGAAUCAUUAGAACACCAUUAGAACCAUAAAUCACAUUUAAUGAUGAUCCCUUGAGAGUACUAAGAACAUUUAGAUUUGCUUGUAGAUUUGGAUUUUAAAUCUCACAAGAAAUUCUUAAAGUUAUUGAAUUAUUUGAUAUUAAGACAGCUUUGAAAACAAAAGUAAGUAAGGAGAGAAUAAGUAUUGAAAUUGAUUGGAUGUUAAAAUCAUCAAAAUGUCUUGAAGGAUUUAAAUACUAUCAUUCAUUAGGACUUUGGCAUAUUAUUUUUUAAUUACCCAAUGAUAAUCAAUCAUAGUGUAGUGUAAAAAUUGAUGAUUAAGGAAAAUAUCAUCUAGAAUCAUAUGAAUUUUUGCUCAAUCUAUACUAAUUAAAAUAUUUGCCCUAAUUUCAAAAUAUAUUUGGCUUCGAAAAUUAGGAAUAAUUAAAUUUUUAUUUAAACCUAUGUAGCAUUUGUAUGCCUUAUUACAAUAUCACUUAUAAAAAAGGUAAGAAUUUUGAAAGUGCCAUUAUCUAUAUAAUAGCAGAAUCUUUAAAAGUAUUAUCAUUUUUUAAUAUUUCAGAUGUCCAGAAAAUAAACUGAUGAUGUUUACAAUGCAUGUCGAUUAGUAGAAAAAUUCAACUAAUUAAAAAAUGAAUAAAUAAAUAAUAAUUAUAAAAAUUUGGGUAAACUAUUUUAAUAACAAAUAGUCAAUUUUUUAUAAGAAGCUAGACACCAAUGGGAAUUAAUCAUAUAUUUAGAUUACAUAUAAGAAUUUAUCAAAAAUCCUGAUGUAUCAUUUUAAUUACAUGAACAAUUUAAAAAUUUCAUCUAUUAAUAAAAUUUAUAAGAAUUUUAUAAUGUUAAAGCUUUGAUAGAUGUAAAUGUCAAUAUUUAUAUUAGGGUAAUGAAAUAAAAUAAAUUUGGAAAGUAGAGUCUAAAUAAAUAAGAGAUGUCAAAUAAAACAUUUUAAUUUGGUAAGCUAUGAAUCCAAAAGCAACUAAAGAAGAUCUUUAAAAAUACGUAGAAUAAAAUAAGGAAUAAUUCAUAAUUAAUUAAUGA